UCAAGAACUUGGCAAUGGUUGAUGAGACCACGCUGAGGAUUAAGAACCUGACAAUGGAGCACGGUGGGAUCUAUGAAGCUCGUACGUGGUUUAACGCUGCGCAGUUCCAAGAACACCACUUCAUCCUCACUGUUUAUGAGCCAGUGCCAAGACCAUGGAUACACCAUAAAGUAGAAUCCAGGACUCCAGAAGGCUGCACUGUGUCCUUACAGUGCCAGGCACCUGUAAAGGAGGAAUACUCUAUCUCCUGGAAAAGAGGGGACCCCCCCAGGGUCUUAGUAGGAGGUUUGGAUAAGUACUGGCUUUCUGACAAUGGAAGGAAUCUCCACGUCUCCUGGCACAAAAGCUCUUCUGACUCCACAUUCACUUGCCUGGUCAGCAAUCCUGUUGAUCGAAACUGUGCCUCAUUUGACUUGCUCAAAAUCUGUGCAAGUGGGGAAGGUGGACAACAAAAGUACUGGGGGUUCCUGCCGCUUCCCAUCUGUGCUGUUGGAGCUUGUGCAUGUCUGAUAAUGAUAUGGAAGAAGAAAAGGUUGGGAAAGGAGAAAGAUGCUGCUUCUGCGAUGCAAGCUCAAGAGGGCUCUCUUGCGCCCUUCCUCAGAGGAACCCCCCCCCCCAAAGAUGGUGAUGACCUACUGAGAUGAGCAUUUACAGUAAGGAACCUGGAGACCAGAUGAGAUGUUUGGAAGUCACAUAAUACUAUGGCAUUGUUUUUUAACAUUUGUUAGUACUACUAGGAGUAGUCAGGGCUUCUUCUUUUUUCCCCAGCCAGAACGCUCCCAGAACAGAGGUUUAUCCACUCACCCUGAAACACCAUUGCAGGGGGGGGGUGGAGUUUGGGAAUCCAAAGGGUACAUAAUUAUAAUUUAUUUUGUUUUUAUUUUGUUUUGU